AACUUUGCAACCAACAAGGCAACAAAUCUUUACAAAGCGGCUUGGGUUCAUAGUCUCUCGCUCUUUACAAUGGAUUAAAAGCGUUCUGAUCUUACAAAUCCAUAAUAACAACAAAACACACACAUAAUACACCCAACAACAAUUACAUUCUAUUCCCUUUCGUUCACAUGUAUGACAAGGGAUCAUGACGUCUUCGGCGGCCUACCUCGUUCCGGCCCUCGCCGUCGGUGUUCCCGUCGGUAUAUACGCUCUUUUUCUCGGUCUUGUUUCGAUUCCGUGUAUUCAACGAUUUGCCGUAUAUUCACACAAAAUUAACACCCUCUGGUGGCCGCCACAUAACCCCAACCGUCCCGAACGAUGGGGAUUUGCAAAAAACCAAGUAACCCCCUUCCCCCUUCACACCCUCGACUCCCAAACCCUUUACGCAUGGCACAUCCUCCCCCUGGGCCUCUACGCCCGUCACGAAUCCGCCCUAGCCGCCCAAGAACGCUCUUCCAACGACGGGUUUGUGCCAGACAUCACCACCACCCUCAACUUCAAACUCCUGCGCGACGACCCCGAAGCGAGACUGGUGCUCUACUUCCACGGCAACGCAGGCCACAUCACGCAAUCCAUCCGCCCGCGCUCCUUCCACGCUCUCACCUCGGUCUCGUCCAAGAUCCAUGUCCUGGCCAUCGACUACCGCGGCUUCGGCCUCAGCACGGGCUCACCGACGGAGCAAGGGCUGAUUCUGGAUGCCAGAGCGGUGGUCGACUGGGCUACCAAGGUUGCGCGGAUCCCGCCUGAGAGGAUUGUGUUGUUGGGUCAUAGUCUAGGGACGGCGGUGGCGGCUGCUACUGCUGCCGAGUAUUGUUGUACUCCUGAGGCUAAGGCUGGCUGUUGCUCUUCGGAUGAUGGAACUGAACCCAACAGAGACGAUAAUCACGAGACUCAGGCAAGGAGAGAAGAAGAACCGAGGGACUUCGCCGGAAUCAUCCUCGUAGCCGCCUUCUCUUCCCUCCCCACUAUGCUCUCCGGCUACGCCAUCGCCGGCUGGAUCCCCGUCCUUCGCCCGCUUUCCUUCUGGCCAUGGCUACUCGACAAAGUUAUUUCCCGUAUCGUGGACAAGUGGCAAAGCGCCGAGCGACUUACCAGCCUGACGAAGUCUGCUAAGACGGAUGGGCGGAGGCUGAAUCUGACGCUUCUUCACGCCAGAGACGACUGGGAUAUUCCAUGCCACGAAGAUGAUAAGCUUUUCAAAGGCGCGGUGAGGGGAUUGGUGGAGGCGGAGCUGGGGAUUAGGACUGAGUAUGGGACGGGUGAGCAGGAGGUUGAGCACGAUGAUGAGCGUGAGAGGAUUAGGAGGGAGGAGGAGAGGGAGGUGGAAAGUUGUGUGGAGAACUUAUUGGAGAAGGAGAAGGGGAAGAGGACGGUGGAGAGAUGGAUGGGAGAUGUGAGAAAGGAGAAUGAGAGGGCGUUUGUGACGACAUGGGAGGAUGGGGAGGUAUGCAUUAGGCAGGAGUUAUGGCCUUAUGGUGGACAUAAUAAUCUCAUGUACUACGCGCCGGUGCCAAUGGCUGUUAUAAGGGCAUUUGGGCUUGCUGACCAGCCUGAGUAGCCGGGAUUGAUGGGGCAGUGGUAGCUCAUAAGGAGGCGUUCACGAAUAGAUUUUCAUUUUACAAGAUACACACGGCUUGAAACUGUGAAUACCACCGGACGGCAUGUACUGAAGGGGCUGAACAUGUUGCAUGAAAGAGGCAUCAUCACGAAGAGACACAGGCACAGUAAUGGUUAAUGUAUGAUAGUGAACUUGUCGCCAAAGCCAAACGAAGAUGGGGAAAUAAUAGCCACAAAAAAGGAUAUAUUAAUGAU